AUGAAUUCGCCUCGUUCGCCGGUUUUUUUCGGGGGAAAUCAGCACAAGUACUAUAGGAUAGUCACCCCGGCUCAUGUGGUGGUCUCAUCAAAGGAAGUGGAAGAGGCAGAACUCCCAGAGUCCCCCAAAAUAUGGUCUUGCAUGUGCCGAGCCAGUGAGUCUACCAAAGCAUCCUACGUCCAAGUUACCCUAACCCGCACAGUAAUCAAAAGUUCUAGGACCAAGUUCGCUCUAAGUGGUAUCACUUUGAUUCAAACGGAUUAUACUCGUCCUUACAUCGUUCCAAUAAACCCCAACAUGGCGCGAAUCGGUGGGAGGAAACAUAAUCUCCGACAUGAUGAUGUCUUCACUCAAUUCUACGCAGCAGCCAUCAACAGACAACCAAGUCAGUUCAAAAACGAAAAUAUCGGAUUUGUUGUCCAUGCCCACUGCUGGGUCCUUCUCAACCACGUCAUACCCACAACUUUAGUUGAAAGGGAGAUGGAAAAAUUCAUUCAUGCAGCCCAAGAGUACUGGCAUGAGAGCAAGUUGUGGGGAAGUAAUGAUUCCCGGCUCCGACUUGCGAAAUACUGUGACUUGCUGCAUCCUUAUCCGGGGUCAAAUGCUCCGUUCAAGUACGGCUGCGAUAUAUACAAGAAUCCUCUCAUAGUGCCCGAAAUGCACAAAGCAAUUGACAGAGCAAGGAAGACCGAGAAGAAUCAUAUCAGACCUCGAGACAAUAGUAUACCGUUGGAUAUUGCGAUCAUAGUUGCCGAAUUGAUUUGCCCCAUUGACUAUACACCGGCUGAUCUGAUGAACACCCGAAAUAUGCUUGCUGCAUUCCAGUGGACAUUACCUGAUGGGUUUUGGAAGAGGCGGCUGAAAGAGGAAGACAUAUUGUUUGAGCUAGAACUACUCAGGAAGGCCAACUAUCCCAUUGACUGGCAGAGUCUACGGCUUGAUUUGAUGGCGCUUGUUUCUAAUCGGCAUUGGUAUCAUUUCAGUGGCUUGGCGAAUCGCGUACGAGUACUUGGGUUCAUGACUGCCAUCGCGUCGAAUUUUCUAAAUAUGCCCCGAGGAUAG